UUUGUCCUUCGCAGGUACCCGUUACAAAACAAGGAAACAGCGAUCGGCUAGGUGCCUGUUUUAUGUUCUUUAUAUUUACUUUCCAUGACUUUUUCUUCUGUUUUAAAAUUAUGUUACCUUAACGCUACCGACCUCGAUGAAUGGUCAAUCUAUUCUAAAUUCUCGUCUGUUACCCCGUCUGUUCUCGUCUGCCUAAAAACUGCUAAGCUAAUAACGCUUAGCGGUAGCUUCCCGAUUAGCAACAGCAGCAGUAAAUAUAAAAACAACAACAAAAAACAAACAAACAAAAAAAACAGGUUUUUAUUUUUUUAAAAAUGGUACAGAACAUUUUUCGGAGCGGUUUUCUGGUUCGGGUCUCUCACACAGUGCUGACUUUUCUCAUAACUCUGGUCCUCUUCCUACAUAACACAGAUUUGCGGCGUGAUGAGGAUCAAGGCGAGUUUCUGGGGCCUCUUCUCUUCUUCCUGCUGGUCAUGGGGUCAGUGCUGUUGUACUUGACAGUUUCACUCAUGGAUCCGGGCUUCGUUCUCACGGACACGGGGAAGGUCCUCCAGUGCUCAGACGAAGAGGUGGAGUCGAUGGUUCCUCGGUCGCUGACCCCUCGGCUGCGACGCUGUGGAUACUGUCUGCUGCAGCAGCAGCCAAUGAGAGCGAAGCACUGUCAGACGUGCAAACAGUGUGUGCGUCGCUACGACCAUCACUGCCCCUGGAUUGAGAACUGUGUGGGUGAGAGGAACCACCGCUGGUUCCUGGUCUACCUGCUGGUACAGCUCCUCGUCCUGCUCUGGGCUCUGCACAUCGCUCUGUCGGGAUUUUCUCCCAGCGCCUCGUGGCAGCUGUGGCUCAGAGCGAAUGGCAUCCUGUUGGCGGCGCUGUGCGUCGUGACUGUCUGCUCGUUGGUGACGCUGCUGCUGCUGGGGAGUCACCUCUACCUGGUCUCCAUCAACUGCACCACCUGGGAGUUCAUGUCACGUCACAGGAUCUCGUACUUGAAGGGCUGCGGGAACGAGGCGAACCCUUUUGACCGCGGUGUUGUGUGCAACCUUUGGGCCUUCUUCUGUAUGUGCAGGACGGUAGCGUGGGAACAGGUCUACCUCACAAACCUCAAGGGAGACGGCGUCUCGCCGUCCACAUCGCUGUCACUGACAGAGUCCUGUCCUUUAUAGGAUGAUGAGGAACAAUAUUGUUUAUAUUUUUUUAUUGCUGUAUGUGACUUCAUUAUGAAGUAAUUCAUACCAUCAAUCACAAAUAUUUCACUCAGUCCAUGCUUUGGAUCAUCCAUCUAGGCUUUUUGUUUGUUGAGAUAUUCAAAAAAAAAAAAAGAGGAUGUUUUCUGGACUGUUUUCCUUCACCAAACUACUCCCAAACUUUAUCACUUUUAGAUAUUUAUCCAAAUAAUAGUCCCACCAAGUUUGAAGGAAAUCCAUCCAGCUGGUUUUGAGUUAUCUUUUACACACAUACACUCCCCAGUGAAAUCACCUGCAAAUACGGGGUGAAAGAUGGUAGAAAUCAGAGAUCUGGAAGUUUUGUAUUUUUCAUUUUAUUUAUUGACAACAUUAAAACACUGAUGAUAUGA